GAUUUAUGAAAUAUUGAAACAAUCCGUUUAGUGAUUAUGUUCAUGAGUGAACAGACAUCGAACUCAGGAAUCUAAAACUGCAUAAAUUCUCAUGACCAAAUGGCUUUAAAACUCUCGGCGGCAGCCUCGUCCACUCUGAUACGUCGUCGUUUACCACUAGUCGGAGCCUUCUGCGUGCUGACUUUCGGCUUUUCCAAUCUCUCCGUCCCUUCCUCCGUUCAGUCCUUCCCUUUCACCCCACUAUUCAGAUCAAAACUCGGUGGCCGAUCACAGAGUGUAAGUGCUCAUAGUAUAAGAAUGGAAGCCAGCGAUAACACUGUACCUAGCAUCGUUGUGUACGUUACUGUUCCUAACAAAGAAGCGGGUAAGAAAUUGGCUGAGAGCAUAGUAAAGGAGAAACUUGCUGCAUGUGUUAAUAGAGUACCAGGCAUCGAAUCUGUUUAUGAGUGGGAAGGACAGAUACAGAGUGAUUCGGAAGAGAUGCUUAUUAUCAAAACUAGGAAGUCUCUCUUGGAAGCUCUCACUGCUCAUGUCAAGGCCAAUCAUGAAUAUGAUGUUCCUGAAGUGAUCGCCUUGCCCAUAGUUGGUGGUAGCCCCCAAUAUUUGGAGUGGGUUAAGAACAAUACUAGAGAGAAGUGAUUUAACUUGAAUAACAUACGGAGUAUAAGAUUUCAUUGUACAAAUUUACAUCCUGUAAUGCUACAAUCUGCC